CAAGACCAAAGCGGAAACGCCGACUGCAAGGGACUCGUCUGCUACGCUUCCGGGAGCAAAAUGACAUGCCGCAAAGCACCAGACUGUUGUUCACACGGAUUCAUAAACCAGCCAUUGUGAAAUAUGUUUAGUCUUAAAUACGCUGUUCUGAAUGUCCUCGUGUGCAUCUUAGCAUGGACUGUUGUCCACUAUUACUCAGAUGUGAAAUCACGUUUGUUCAGUUUUACCUCUGCAAAUUUAGGCACUGCAGGACGAGAGGCUUUAAAUGAUGUGGGACUAGAAAAGCAAAGUGAAACAAAAGAAAGCACUGCAGCCAAAACGACUUUGAACGAGAAUGAAUUUCCUUCACGCCACCAGUAUGAUGAUAAUCAAGCAGAUGGAGGACAAUAUGAUACUGUCCUUGAGAGGGAUAACUUGAAAAAGGGCAUCAGCACACCGCAUCAGCUGUUAACGGAAGACUACGAUGAGCAGAAAACUUACGAACUUUCACUGUUGGCAAACCAAGAGGAAUACGAGCUUAAACAAUCAGGUAUGAAGCGGCAUGGAUUUAAUGAAUUUGUCAGCGAAAAGAUUGGCUUACAUCGAAAUGUUCCAGAUGAGAGAAAUGAACUGUGCAAGACCAAAUUGUAUCCUGAGAGUCUACCAAAUGUAAGCAUAGUGAUUUGUUUUCACAAUGAAGCAUGGACCACACUUUUGCGAAGUGUACAUAGUAUUUUGGACAGAACACCACAAAAUCUCAUCCAUGAGAUCAUUCUUAUUGAUGACAACAGUAACAUGGAUCAUUUGAAAGAAAAGCUGGAUAUUUAUGUAGAGGAAUAUUUGCCACAAACAAAGGUUGUACACAGUGAGGAAAGACUGGGCCUCAUCAGAGCUAGAAUGCUGGGCGCGAGCCAUGCUUCAGGUUAGGUUUUGGUUUUCCUGGACAGCCAUAUAGAAGUAAAUGUACAGUGGCUGGAGCCUUUGUUGACACGGAUCAAGAAGCUGAGAGAGGCUGUGGUGGUUCCUGUUGUUGACACCAUUGAUUCAGACACGUUUGUGUACACUCCGGCUCCUCUUGUACGUGGUAGUUUUACAUGGUCUCUUCUUCACAACUGGGAUCCCUUACCAGAGAGGCUUCUUCAAAAUAAAGAGCGCCUUGUUGAACCUAUUGAUUCCCCAACUAUGCCUGGAGGGCUCUUUGCCAUGGAUAGAAAGUACUUUUAUGAGCUUGGUGAAUAUGAUGCAGGAAUGGACAUUUGGGGUGGAGAAAAUGUAGAGAUAUCAUUUCGGAUCUGGCAAUGUGGUGGCCGCCUAGAAAUCAUCCCCUGUUCUCGAGUUGGCCAUGUUUUCCGAGAAUUUCGUCCAUACAGUGCUCCUGGAGGAGUAGAAACAGUUAUUCGGAAUACAGCUCGUGUAGCAGAGGUGUGGCUGGAUGAGUACAAGAAACACUUUUAUGAUACACGUCCAGUUGCAAAAACAAUGGAUUAUGGCGAUGUGUCAGAUCGCAUUAAGUUGAGACAACGCCUUGCCUGCAGAUCUUUUAAGUGGUAUCUUGAUACAGUGUUUCCAGAGAUGAUUGUGCCUGGUGAAGAACGGAAAAUACGAGGAAGUUACAGACACCCUAAAGAAACAAGGAGUCCUACAUUGAUACAGACAGCACUUAUCCAGCAUGCUCCUUCAGGAUUGUGUGUCAUGCUACGUGACACAAAGCCCGACAGGGGAGGCCUGCUGAAGUUAUCCCAGUGCUCAAAAGAUAAUGACAAACAGAUAUGGGAGAUACAUAAAAACAACGAUCGCCAAAUAAAAAUUCGUGGUGUCAAAUUGUGUGUGGAAGUUGGAUGGCACAAGCAUCGAUCAGUCCCAGUCCUUGGAAAGUGUCGAGGUUCAGGCAGCUCACAGACUUGGAUAUGGCGUACACAGGAAGGUGUUACUGAAGCUUUCAAUCCCGGAAGUGGCCAGUGCUUGGCUAUUCCAGGAAAAGCUGGAGAAAAACAGACAGUUGUUUUUGAUUUUUGUCAACCAGUGGAGGCACAACAUUUUGUUCUAGUCCCUGCAGACUAAUUAAACCCUGCUCAUUGAUAGUGAAAUUUAUCAUUAUUACCUUUACACUGUUUUAUUGGUUUAGUUUUAUUGGUUUGGAUUUUUUUUUACCUUAAGAUUUGUUGGGUAAAAACUUUCUCAUGUUUGUAAGUUUAUCCUAUAUGCUUUUAGCUCACUUAAUAUCAGACACAAGCACUACAAGCAUUUAUUCACACCAUAGUUGAAAAUGCUUUUUAAUCAUGUGCAGUUGAAAAUAGAUCACCAGACUAUUUUCCAAAGGCAGCUGAUGCUGAUGUAAGUAGCAUUUUGGCCAAACAUAGUGUAAUUGAGUUAACAAGAUAAUGUUGUAUAAUCAGCUAGUAUUGACUUGCAAAGACUUAUUUAUCAGGGCUCAGCUGAUGUUUUUGAUCCUGCUGACUACGAAAUUUGUGAUUAUCACCAAAAGAUUUGAGCACCUUAUUGUUUACUUUGUGUUCCUCAUGCAGGUUUUGCAUUUUACCACAUGAAUCCUGUUUAUAGUCAUGUUUUUUUACAACAUCAGUCAAAAGGCUCUGAUAUCUUGCCUGUGAUUUGUAACACUGGGCAUUAUAUUCUAUUUAUUUUUGUAUUGUUUUGCAUUAUACUUUUGUAUUUAAAUUUAUUGCUAACAAACUUAUGAACGCAUUUAUUCUUUUAUAGAACAUUGGUAGAGGUUUGGUUUUAGACGUUUAUAGAGGGGUUUUUUCCCACAAAACACACACACACUUUUCCACUUUAUGCAUUCCAAUGGAGACACAUGGCUUUCUGUUUAGAUUUCUUUUAAAAUAUUUAAAAAUUUUAACAUUUGUGGUUGUUAACAUAACAUCAUUAUGAAAUAUCUGACAAGACUCGUGUUUAAUGUUAAAUUUCUGUUUAUGGCUAUGGUAUGUAUUCUGCGGCAGAUGGGUGAGUUAGAAAAAUUUAAUACUCACUAUUCUCUUUCCAUUCUCUAGUCAUUGCUUGGCUUUAAUUUUUGCUGCCGUCUUAUACACAGUAUUUUUGUUCAGGAUUAUGACACUGUCAUCUAGUGAAUCCCGCAAUAUGUAUUUUUGUAUCAUUUUAUAAGCAAUGACUCAUUUUUACAAAUGUAUUUUAUAUAACAUAGUGUUUCCACUUACUGUUUAUUUUUGUUAUCAAUACAAUCAAAACAAUUGUUGCAAGAUGGAAACUGCAUGUACAAGUUUAUGCUCAAGGAGAUGGAUGUUUGUAAAGUACGAUGUAGAAAAGGCAGUUUGUGAGGUCAGGAACAUGUACCUAAUUUCAUGUGUAAUCUUGUUCUUGUGUUAUUUUUUGGUGAUACAUUAGCUCUUUGUUUGGACAUCCCAUUUUUACGGUAAGUUUGCUGCACGAGGGGAGUUAAGCGCUUGCAUGUAAGACAACAUUGCUGCAUUUGACUGGUUCCAACACUUACUUCUUCCUCCCCCUGUAUUCAUUCACCUGUUGAUGACAGUGCCUUACAAGUAACAGCUUUGCUCAUUUUUUGGUGUUGGGUGGUGGCUGGAUGCAAACGUAAUCAGGUAUUUUGAGGUCUGUUCAGUAAGUGUGAUCUAAUUUGGUCGUGGUGCUGCGCAUUAUAAAUACCCAUUAUUAUUAUUAUUUGAUUUGUUUUCGUAAAAAGGUUUGAGUGAGGUAGACCUGUGACCCUACAGUCAUUAAGUGUUGGAGCCAUCAGGUAUGUAGGGGGUGUUGUCAGGUGUUAAGAUUGGAGUCAUCGCUUGUGUAAGGGUGUUAUCAAAUGUUAAGGACCUCUUUUUGUGAAGGUAGUUACCAUCUCUUCAUCACUGCCUAACCUUUCCCAACCCUCCAGUCAGGUACCCACUCCACACAGGGGUCAACUGGGUAAAGUAGGCUGUGUUACACAUAGUAUGCAUGUUUUCCAGGUUUGAACAUCAUUGCUUUGAUCACUAGGCGUCUCCACCCCAUUGUUUACCUAUGUACCCUCAAAAGCCCACUCGUCCCGUUGAUGUGGUGUUGUUGGGGUAUCUUGCCAGCGGAAAACAAUGCUUUGUUCUUGAGCUGUGUCAAUUCUAGUCUCAAUACUGAAAGGUAACUAAUGACUUUUAAGUGAAUGUUUCUCCACAUAAAAUUUAUUCUGAGCUUUGGCAGUGUUGUCAAGUCUCAAUCAGAAUUAAAAUUAAAGCUUGGAGUCUUUGCUGUUCAAA